AUGUCUUGGAUUCUCGAUCUCAUGCAUGGCGCCCACAACUGGUACCAUGGGGUCCCCAAGAUAGUCGCCUCAACAAAGAAGACAGACUGUCCUCUGCGUCUUGGCGUCCUCGGAGCAGCCGCGAUAAACCCAGGAGCAAUAAGUGACCCCGUAUCAACGCACCCUGACAUAAUAAUCGCUGGCAUAGCAGCACGAUCUCGGGCCAAGGCCGAGACUCAGAUCAAGCAAUGCAACCUUCAACACGCCAAAGCAUACGAUAGCUACGAUGCUCUACUUGGCGAUCCAUGUAUCGAUGCUGUGUACAAUCCUCUACCAAACGGCCUUCAUGCCGAAUGGACCAUCAAAGCCAUGAGAGCUGGCAAGCACGUCCUGGUGGAGAAGCCCAUAGCUUCUAACGCGGAGCAAGUCCGAGAGAUCAAGAAGGUAGCCGACGAGACCGGAAAAGUGGUAUUAGAAGCUUUCCACUGGCGCCUGCAUCCUGCAGCACACCUGGUCAAGUCGCUGGUGCAAAGUGGCAAGUACGGCAAAGUGCUAGAAAUAUCCGCUCAAAUGGGCUUACCUGCUGGCGCUUUGGCGAAAGACGACAUCCGCUUCAAGUACGAUCUUGUGGGCGGAAGCUCAAUGGAUUUGACGUACGCAUAUAGCGCCGUCUCAUACUUUGCCACACCUUCGCUCUAUGGAGCAGAGAUCAAGGUUCUGUCCGCCAAGCCUCGACUCAACGCCACCGACCCCAAUAUCGACGAUGCGAUGGACGCAUCUUUCACAAUCCGGGAAGGGAACGAUACAGUCCUCUGCCAUACCUCCGUCGACCUAGCCGUUCCCUGGCUCUUUGGGGUCAUACCCCCGAUUUGGAAAUUGACGGCGACUUGUGAUAUCGAGCUGGAAAAAGCUAAGAUCUCCUUCCCAAAUUUCCCGGGCGCUUGGCUUCAGCAUUCAAUCUUGGUCACUGACAAGGCAACUGGCAAGGUGGAAAAGUACAGCGCUUAUGUCGAUGGGCCGGAGUGGAAGAAUUGUGGUCAGCGAUGGUGGACUACGUAUCGCUACCAGCUCGAAGCAUUCGUAAAAGGUGUGCGGGCUGUGCAAGGUGGCAAAACAGCCGAUGAAGUAGCGAAGAUGGAUGAGAUCAGUUGGGUGAGCCUGGUGGAGUCUGAAGCGGAAGUAGCCAUCAUUGAUAAAGUCUACGAGAAGGCUGGUUUGCCUCGGAGGAGGUGA